AUGUGUUUUGACGCAAAGGCUUCUCAUCUUUCAUCGACUCCACCCACUUUGCCUUGGAAGUUCAAUACACAUGUACAACCUAAUAAAGGACUAACCCACCAAGGCAAUGGGAACUCAGAAGAGCUACGUUGUGUCAUUGUUGUUAUUCGACAUGGCGAUCGAACUCCAAAACAGAAGGUGAAACUAAAUGUUACAAAGGAGAAACUGUUAAACCUGAUGCUGAAGUACAAUGGUGGAAAGUCAACAGCUGGGACAAAACUAAAAAGUGCAGUCCAGUUGCAAGACCUAUUAGAUGCAACAAGAAUGUUAGUUCCCCGUACAAGACCAGGUCGUGAGAGUGAUAGUGAUCCAAAAGACCUUGAACAUGCUGAGAAGCUUCGCCAAGUUAAAGCAGUUAUUGAAGAGGUUCUUUAG